CUCGCUCAACCCAAAUGUAUUACGCUAAAAUGACAAUAGACAAAAGUGCCCUGGAAGAUAUCACUGGAAAACUAAACUUUCCAGUGAGUGAUGACAAGCUGAACAUCGAGGAUGUUAAAAUUACAACAGAGUGUACGCAGAAUGACACCUCCAACAAAUUGUGUAAGUGCAGAGAAGGCCACAGAUGGAGUGAUGAAGUUUGUCAGAAGAGGCUCGAUCAGGAUACUUGUGUCCUCCCGGUAACAUCGGUUCACACGUGCAUUUUAAGCUCUGCAGUUGGCAUCACAGGGGAACUCAGAAUGAAAGAUUCCACGUAUCAAGACUGUCUGACCUCUAAGACGUCACCAGGUUAUCGUAAAUGUCAUGAUGACCUGUUGGAAUUGAUGAAAGCUUUUUACAGUGAAAUAAGAGGAUUUGACUCUCUGAAAAUAGAAGGCUUCAGAAUCGGAAGCAUUGUCACCGAUUUCGCAAUGAAGAUCGUCUCCGGAAAUGUUUCGCAACGUUUGUUUGAGCAAUCCACAAUGCUGUCUAAGAAUCUGUCUGCUGAAAUGAUACUGGAGACAACAG